GGGCGGUGCCUGCGAGCGCCCCGCCCCCGCCGCACGGGGAGCCGAGCCCGGGGAGUGGAGCAGCCCGGAGCGCGGAGCCGGGAGCGCGGAGCCCGCGCCCUGCGGCGGGCGGCUGGCGGCGAUGAAGAUCUGGAGCUCGGAGCACGUGUUCGGCCACCCAUGGGACACAGUCAUCAAGGCUGCUAUGAGGAAGUACCCGAAUCCGAUGAACCCUGGCGUCGUGGGAGUCGAUGUGCUGGAGCGCAGUGUGGAUGGCCGCGGCCGGCUUCACAGUCACCGCCUGCUCAGUACCGAGUGGGGGCUGCCCAGCCUUGUGAAAGCGAUUUUGGGAACCAGUAGGACUUUGACAUACAUCAAAGAACAUUCUGUUGUGGAUCCAGUGGAAAAGAAAAUGGAGCUUUGUUCCACCAAUAUCACGCUCACAAACUUGGUGUCGGUGAACGAGAGGUUGGUGUACACACCCCACCCGGAGAACCCUGAAAUGACCGUGCUCCAGCAAGAAGCCGUCAUCACCGUGAAGGGGCUCAGCCUCGGCAGCUAUCUGGAAAGUUUAAUGGCUAACACAAUAUCAUCCAAUGCAAAGAAGGAUUUGGGAGUGAGCUUUGUGGAGGUGAGAGGAAAAAGGAUGGAUCCCAGGAGGCUGUCCUCCCCGGGUUCCUGGGUAGAGGGCUCAGCCUUAGUGAGGCAGAGACUGCUCAUGGAGUCCAGGUUGCCUUCUUCUCCAGCAGAGUUGAUGGAAAGAGCUUGGAUGUGUGGAAGGAAGCUGUUAUACAAGUUCAAGGGUCGCGAGGCCUUGGAGUGGGUGAUCUGCCGACUUAACAUGGAAUUGGAAGGCCUGGGGGCCCCGGCCUGCGCCAGAGCGUGAAGCCGCGGCGCGCUCCCUGCGCCCAGGACACGGAGACAGAGGCCGAGCAGCAAGUCGCUGGGCGUUCAGCAUCCACCCUGGACACUCGCUGGACAUGUGGUUUGCCGGAAGGGGCAUUCGGGAUCAGUGAGUGCUUAGAGACGUUUAGGAAGGGGACUCCAGAAAGGCAGUGAAUUUGCUCCAUGUUGGCCUAUAGCUUACCUUUACCAUUUUUUCUUUUUUUGGUGGAAAAGUUUUGUUUACUAAACAAGAAGUUAAUUUAAAUCUUUGAUGUCCCUUCCCCAGAAACCAUAGUAUGAGAGUGAAAAAGGGGGUAACUUUCUCCCACUCUAUAACGUGCAACAUUCAGAUAGAAGUUUCUUAUGGGUUUUGAUGCCCAGGUUUGCUGUGAUCAUAGACCAUGGAUAUUCCCCUUGGCUUUCUCAGAAAGGACGCUGUUUCAGGGGCUGGAGUGUUUUAACGAUGCAGAGCCUGAGGUUGCCUUUGGGAGCUUGUUAAUACUACGGAUUUCAGGCUUUCAGGCCCAGGGAUUCUGCCAGGUCCAGGCUGUGGCUCAUCGCAUCAGGUGGGAGCUCACCUGGCUGAGGAGCGCCGAGCCUUCCAACCAGUGCUGGGGACUGGCCUCUGCUCCGCUGCCCUGCCAGUGCCGAAGCUUUGAGUUAUAUGGACAUCACAGCCGUUCUGCAUGCACACUUAAUUUAUUUACCAGAUUUUAUUCUCUUUCACUGACCACAGACCUUAGAUUUAAUUUAGGAGAUGGGUUUUUAAUUACAUGUAUAUAGCAAGUCAAAUAAAACAUCCCUAUUUCACUUUAGUCUCUGAACAUGAAAUGGGACACAGUUUUCCUUAUGUUUUAACCAAACCAACCAGUUUAGGUUUUUUAGAGGAGAAAUGAGUAUAAGAAGAAACUGAUUAUUUUGAUAAUGUCAUAUUACUUGCCUAAAAUUUUAUUUUUUGCCAAAAGCACAGCAGUCAGUCCAGAAUUCUGCGCCUCUCUUUAGUUUCCAGUACUGCAUCCCUGUUUUUGUGGCCGUGAGUUUGGUAGGAAUAAAGGUUGAAUGCACUAGUUACUGUGUCAACUCUUCUGAUAAACCAGAAGUUACUGGAAUGGAGGUCAAGAGAAACUAGAGUGUUCCCUUGGAAGCUGGGCUUUCCAGAGCUGUGUGAGCCCACAGGCCCCCGGGCUCCCUGUGUCGGUGCCUGCCCUGUGGUUUGGGAGCUAAUGCCGUAGUACUGUUAGCGAAGGAGCAGCGCGGGAGCUCUCUGGAACCAGAGGCCUCCCCUCUGGUAGGCAAAGUGAUGGCACUAAAUAUUCUUUGAAGACUCUUGCACUCAUUUGGCAUUAGAACCAGCCAUUAUAACUGUAUCUGUCUAAUUCGGCAGUGGCUUUUUGUCUUCUCAAGAGUGUGACUGCCGCCAGCAUUUCUGUCCCCCUGCUAAGGAGGGGGCGGGCGUGCUUUGACAGAGGAGUUAACUGCUGGGUGUCUAUGUUAUGACUUCCAUUUUUUUUCCUGAACAGUCUGCCCUAGCAGAUCCCUAAUUACGGCUGAGCCUCAGUGAAUGCUCAAUAUAUUACGAACCAGUCUUUGUAGUUCUGUUACAACUUCAGUACCCAAAGAAGAGGUAGGGUUAUUCUGGUGACUUUAGUGCCUGAGGAGAGUGCCCUUUGUGGGCCAGCCAUUGGAUUAUAGGUGCGCAGGAGCAAACGUGACCAUGGAGCUUUGGUUUUCUCGUCUGUAAAGUGUAGACACUGAUACCUACCUCAAAGGAUCAAACCAGAUGUGAAGAGACUCAGCGCCGGCCUGGUGGCACCCGGUACACAGUGCAGUUCCUGCUGGUGCUGGCGCGUCGACGGGUUGUCACUGGGCUGCGGAGUCCCUGGGGGGAACACUGGGCUUCAUUGAUGGAACAUACUUUUUUAGUGAGGGUAUUUUUUUUUUUUAACUUUUAUAAUCACUAGUAAGAGUUGACUGCCAACAGUAAGAGAGGCGAGCAGUAAGAAAGGAGUGAGUGCUGACUCAGCACUGGCUUGCAUUUCGGGCCCUCCCUUCUUAUCUGUUCUGUGCUUGUGUUUUCAGCUGUUAUAGGAGAGUUUGCUAAGGGCAGCGGUUGGCAGACAACAGCCUGUGAGCUAAGAAUGUGUUUUGCAUUUUUAAGGGGCUGUAAAUAAAAUCCCCCCCUGCAGCUGAGGAUUCGACAGAGACUGAAUGAGGCCCAUAAAACCUGAAAUAUUUACUAUCUGGUCCUGCAUAGAAGAAGUUUCUGUGAAGCCAACCUGUUCCCUAGAGAUUCCACUGCAUCUCUCAA